UGUAUUUGAGAACCCUUGCCGAACCUCCCGAACGUACUAUAUAAGUAACGCCGUAGAUAAGAAACAGGAACGCAUUCAAAGGAAUAGGAUAGGAGUUACCAUAGAGAAAAGAUGGCAAACGACUUUCUCCUGAAAAAAUGGAGGGCUUUGUAUCACGGAUGCGACAUCAACGGCGAUAAUCAGAUUACGAUGGAAGACGCGGAAGUUUUCACGGACAGGUUUUCCUCCCAUCACAAAUUCGAUGCAGGAAGAACAGCCGCUCUCAAAGACGAAUACCGCGCACUCUGGGAGAAGAUCUUUCUGAAAGGUUUAGAUCGUGUCACAGAGAAACUAUUUAUGGAACAGAUAACGGAACAAUAUAACGCUGAUCCUGUCAAGUUUAAGGCCGAUACUCACGAGUUCACCUCUGCCAUCACAAAUAUAUUUGAUGUUAAUAAAGAUGGUCAAUUGUCAGAAGAGGAAUUGGCUGUCUGCAUGAAAUCCUGGGGUUUGGACAAGUUCGACGAGAAAUUCGUAAAGGCCUUUCCUCAAAGGAAGCCGGGUUUCAUACACAAUGAUGACUACACAGCGAAUUGGGAUGCAUAUUUUUGUAAUGAUGACGAAAGCGAUAUCUCUAAAGAGAAACCUUCCAUGUACGGUUUCGGUCUAAUUGACCUUUAAGAACUUUUUUGUUAAACAACUUUUCAUAAAGUUUGACUGAUAUUAAUCAGAUAUUGAAUGUAAACAAACAAAUUCUUUUAAAACUUGUAAUUUGUAACUUAAGCUCAGAGUCAAAACUUCUGUUUUAAUUGAAAAUGUAAAUCUU